GAUCGAGAUCCAGUCAUGAAGUUCCUUGUGGUUCUCGCUAUAGCCGUGUUCACUGGCUGUCACGCUAAUAUCCUGUGGCAGGAUGAGCCAAAGACUCAGUUGGAGGUGGUGAGAGAUGCAUUCUGGGAUUACGUUGCCAAGGCGACCCAGACUGCCGGGGACACUCUUGAGAAGGUGAAGCAGUCCAAGCUGGGCCAGGAGCUCAACACCAAAAUCUCGGACAGCGCCAGCACUGCCACCCUGUACGCGGUGGAGCUGCGUGGUAAGAUGACCCCCAUGGCCCAGGAGAUCCUGCACAAGAUGAGCCGGGACACCGAGGUCCUCCGGCAGCAGCUCCUGAGCGACCUGCAGGCCCUGAACAGCCAGCUGACUCCGUACGCCGACGAGCUCAACGGCAAGAUCCAGAAGAACAUCAACGAGCUGCGCCAGGCCCUGGGCCAGAACUCGGAGACCCUGCGCCAGAACCUGGCCGUCAGCACCGAGGUGCUGAGGAAGAAGCUGCAGGGGAACGUGGAGGAGCUCCGUGCCCAGCUCAGCCCCUACGCUGCCAAACUCCAAGACAGAAUCAACCAGCGACUGGAGGAGUUCCAGCAGAACAUGGGGCCCCUGACCCAGACCCUGCAGGAGAGGUUGAGCCAGGCUGCCCAGGAGGUGCGGGUGAACCUCACCCCCUACGCCGAGGACCUCCAGCAGAAGCUGAACCCCUACGCAGAGGAUCUGCAGGCUCAGCUCUCCUCUCUGUGGGAUUCCUUUCGCCAGAACUUCAACUAAACCACCCCUCUAAGGACAGAAGAAAUGGCACGCUCCGACAUUAACAUUCCUGCUCUGCUCUACUGCAAUGGAGCGGAAUGCUCGUGGUGGGGCAUACCAUUUCUCGCACAGGGGCUUUUUAAAUGAACUUAAAUGCCCUUGGUUCGAAACCUAUCCUGUAUACUAUAUAGAAAAGGGCGUGUCUGUCUUUCCUACCUGUUGUAAUAGAAUCACAGCGCCCUGACCUCUCCCUUUAUUUAGUGGCAAGUGUAGCAUCUUACCGGGCAGCGUCUCUCAGGUUGUGAGAGUGCUGUGUGAAGCUCAGGGCUGUAGUUCACAGAUUUGUAUUGUUCCUUUGUGUUCUCAGGUCUGUACAGCACGCGGGUGUGUUUGGAAUGACCUGCUGUCUGUGUCAUGCUUCUAAACAAACAGGGAGACACCUCUCUCUAGUCUACUCUUCCGGCGUGAAAUUAAAAUAUUCAGUGUUAGUAGCGACAGGUGCCUUCCGAGUGUGUUUUUAAUGAAGAGAUUUCCUGAUGACUUUUCCAAACGCGUUCCAAAUGAUUCCUUUAACUUAUAAUAAAAUGAAAAUUUAAAAUGCA